AUGAACCUUCUAGUACCUCCAGGAUCGCGUUCCCUAAAAACUAUGCUUCCCCUGAUGAAAUCCAUUGAUAACAAGGCUUUUGAGGAGGGAUGGAUGGUGCCACGGCCUCCCUCAAGGAGAACUGGAAAAAGAGUUGCUAUCAUUGGAAGUGGCCCUGCUGGAUUGGCUGCCACUGAUCAAUUGAACAAAAUGGGCCAUAUUGUGACUGUGAUUGAGCGUGCUGAUUGA